AUGUCGAUUUUGCUACAUGCGCUGGUGCUCUUGACUGUGCGGAGAUCUCCGCUAACAGCUCUGCCUUUUGCCACAGACUUGAGUUCGGUGAAGCCGGGCGCCAGUCCACUUGGCCCUGCGCAAAUAUCCGAUCCCCCUUCGGAGGAUGGUCAGGACCUUCCGCCGCUCACGAAGACCACUGAGCGCCGACUGAUGGCCAAGAUUGAUUGGCACAUCCUGCCAUGCUUAUGUGUGCUAUAUUUGCUUGCCUUUUUGGACCGCGUCAACAUCGGCAAUGCCGCCAUUCUCGGACUCAAGUCUGAGCUAGAUCUCACGCAAGGCACGAAAUACAACACCGCAUUGACAAUUUUCUUCGUGCCCUACAUCCUUCUUGAGAUUCCGUCCAACAUUUUGCUCAAGAAACUCAAGCCGCAUGUUUGGUUGUCGCUUUGCAUGUUUGGCUUUGGUCUUGUGACGAUUUGCCAGGGCUUGGUCUCGAGCUGGGGCGGCCUGAUGGCCACUCGAUUCUUUUUGGGAGUCUUUGAGACUGGCAUGUUUCCAGGAUGCUUCUACCUGAUGGGCAUGUGGUACAAGCGAAGCGAAGCCCAGAAACGUUUCAGCUUCUUUUUCAGCUCCACCACCCUUGCCGGUGCUUUCGGUGGACUAUUGGCAUACGGAUUGGGACAGAUGGACGGUGUCCGCGGCUAUCGAGGCUGGCGCUGGGUGUUCAUCAUCGAGGGUUUGAUCACUUGCGUGUUCUCAAUUGUCUGGUUCUUCCUGUUGCCUGAUUUCCCCGAGGAGGUCAAGUGGUUGACUGAGGAAGAGCGCGACUUUGUUCGCGCGAAGCUAGCGAAGGAUGUCGGCAAGUCGGCCCACCAUAUCAAGAUGGGCUGGCGUGAGGUCUGGGCUGUUCUCAAGGAUUACAAGGUCAUUAUUGGUGGCUUCAUGUACUUCGGUCUUAUCGUCCCCGCAUACGGCUAUGCGUACUUUGCACCUUCGAUCAUUCAAAGCUAUGGAUAUUCCUCGGUCAAAACCCAGUUGUACUCCAUUCCUCCUUGGGCAGCAGCAUUUGGAUUCUCCUUAGUCAUCGCAUGGUGCUCUGAUCGUUUGAGAUAUCGGUUUGCCUUCACUGUGAUACCGAUCUGUUGCGCGAUUGCCGGGUUUGCUAUGCUCUUCAGCAUUCACGGCAAAGAGAACCGCGCAGCCCAGUAUGGCGCACUUUUUCUGGUCACCAGCGGUGCCUAUAGCGCUAUGCCCGUCAUUGUCUGUUGGUUUGCAAUGAACUUGGGUGGUCACCACCGGCGUAGUGUGGGCUCCGCUUGGCAGAUCGGCUUCGGAAAUAUUGGCGGUAUCAUUGCUACUUACUCCUUCGUGGCGAAGGAUGCACCAUAUUACAGACCGGGUUAUAGCAUUUGCAUCUCUUUUUGCUGUCUGUCAAUCCUGGCUUGCGUUGCUUAUGCGCUCGCACUGGUACAUGAGAACCGGAAGCGCGCACAAGCGGCGAUUGAGUCGACCACUGUGUCCUCGGAGGAAGAGGAGUACCUCGGUGAUCUGUCGCCGAGCUACCGGUACCAGUACUAG